GUUCUUGUCGCCUUGGAAACGGCUGCUCCCCUUUCAUCCCGCCCAGCAGUCACGUGGAGCGUGUCAUGGCGGCCUCCACGGCUGCGAGGGGCGGCGCGAGCGUGAGCCAAGGCGGGGGGCUCCGGCUGCUCUUCGGGACUGCUGGGCGCCUUCUGGCCCGGGGCUUUCGCACUGCAGUGGCCAUUCAAGCAGAAGAUGAGAGUCAGGCAGCAGAAAUAGUGAAUGUGGUUUUCAUAGAUCGUUCUGGAAAAAGGAUCCCAGUGCAAGGCAGAGUUGGGGACGACGUGUUGCACUUGGCCCAGAGACAUGGCAUUGACUUAGAAGGUGCCUGUGAAGCUUCCCUGGCCUGCUCUACUUGUCACGUCUACGUCAGCCAUGACUUUCUGGAUAAGCUUCCCACUCCUGAUGAACGGGAGGAUGAUAUGUUGGACAUGGCGCCCCUGCUUCAGGAGAACUCACGCCUGGGAUGCCAGAUCAUCCUCAGCAAAGAACUGGAAGGAGCAGAGUUCACCCUCCCAAAGAUCACCAGGAACUUUUAUGUGGACGGACAUGUCCCCAAACCCCAUUGAGGGCAGCAGAGGCCGAAGGUGAAUCAGUCUCUGGAGUGAGGCUGAUCAGAGUCUGUGAAGCAGGUUUCACAGAGCAAAGCAGCUGAAGCCCGCUUCCAAGAGAAAAGGGGGAAGGAUUUGAUUCCUGAGCAAAAAGAGGAAGGAAUUUCUAUUCAAGCCAAAGAGGACCACUCCUGCAAGUGUCUGUCCCUCUUUCUGUUACAAGUCUCUACAUUGGCCUUUAUUUGUGAUGCAAAGAGGAGAAAGAGAGAAAGACUCCUUCCUACUUAUCCAGUGGCUGUCCACUCUACAACCACUUCACUUGGAAAAUGUUUCACAAGAAGCUGAGUGGUCCCUUCGCAAUAGCUGCAGUCUUUUCCUAGAGGAAUGUAAGGCCAUAUACACAAUACAUUUUGGCCACAUGUAGAGAAAGAUGAGAACAUGUGAGUUAUUCUCACAAGCACUAGGGAUUCAUUCUUUCCAGUUCCACCUUUGUGACUUCGCUUGUUGGAAAUGUGCAUUAUUCUACACUGGGGCCUUUUUGUCUCAUCUGCCAUUUCACUGUGGAGUAUUGAAAAUUACUCUGUUGUAGUUCAUAUCACUUAAUAAACAGAAGGAAGAAAUG